CGAGGGGUCACGAUCACGAUGUGUCGGGAUGUCCUCAUUUAUUUUCAAGAAAAAGAACAGUUGAUAGCUUGUUUCUCCAAUUGACUUCAGGAAGUUAAUUAGUUUGUUCACAUUUGUCCAGUAAGAUGGGUGCUACAGAAAAUGAUAAAUGGAAAGAGAAAUAUUUAGAACAGGAGAAACAAUUGAAGAUAUUAUCUGAACACUGUUUUAAAGUGAUAGAAAAACACGAAGAGGUGGUUAAAAAGUUUAAAGAAAAUGAAACUCAGUAUGAAGUUGUAGCUGCCAGAUUAGAAGAAAGAGAAAAACAGUUAUUACAUGUUAGAAAAUUGUUAGAACCAGUCUAUACAGAAUAUGCAUCAUUAAAAGAAAAAUAUGAAAUAGAACAAGAGUGUAGACAUGAAGCAGAAAAAUAUGCUUCUCAGAUAACAAAAGAGAACAGAGUAUUAAAAAGACAAAGUGCAGCUUUUCUAGAUUUACAUGAGGGUGAUGUACCUAUUGAGGAGGAGAAAGAUUUAUAUCAGAAUUAUUUGGAGACACUUAAUGCAAAAAUUAAAGAGUUGGAAGAGGAAAAAAGUAACCAAUCAGCUAUCUUGAAUAAAGUUAAAGAAGAUUACGAUAUAGAGCGAGAAAAACAUUCAGUAACUAAAACAGAGAAUCAGAAAUUAAAGGAUGAAUUAAGUCAAACUAAAACAUCAUUAGAUAAAUAUAAAGAUGCCUUACAAAAAGUUACUUCUGCAUCUGAAGCAGCAUGUGAAGAAUAUGAGAAUUUACGGAAAGAAUAUGAUAUGGCUAAUGUAUGUAGAAAUACUGCGGAAAGCUUUGCUACAGAGAUGUAUGCUCAAAGUGAAGCUAUUAAAAGACAGAGUGCUGUACUUAUAUCUAGUGCUGCCUCCGACCAGAGAUUAAUGACAGCUUUAUUAGAAGUAGAAAAUUUAACACAAGAAAAAGAGGUUCAGAAAAAAGAAUAUGAAGACAAGCUUAAGAGUCUAGAAGCUGAGCUAAAGGAAUUAAGAGAUGAAGAUAUGAUAAGUACAUUAGAGAUGGAUAAUCAAACAUUACACGAAGAAAGAGAACAAUUAACAGCACAACUGAUGGAUAUACGUAACCAGUAUUCAGACAACCAAAAACAGUAUCAGGAAUUAGAAGCUCAAUAUAAAGCACUAGAAGAGAAGUAUGAACUUGUAUUACACCCACCCCCACCACCACCUCCUCCACUUCCACCAAUAUCUGCACUUAGACCAAAAGGAUUUUUAUCAAGGACUCAGAGUAAGCGAACAAAGAAAUUGGCUGUGAGCGGAGCUAAAUCUGAUGAAAAUUAUAAUAAAGCCAUUAAUGAGAUGAUGGACAGAAUAAAACGGGGUAAUCAAACAUUACGACCUGUACUUAAACCUACUAAUAGACGUCCAUCUUGUCCAGAGGGUGAAAAGGCUGCUGUAGAAGAACUUCAUGAUAUGUUGACUCGUAUGAAGAGAAAUCGUUCAAUGGGAGAUCUAUUAUCAGUUGAAGAUGGAGAAAGUCUGCCUGAUUCAGAAUUAAAGAAAACAUUCCAGAAGAUAAAAAAAGUUAGUGAAAAGGAGAAUUAAUAAAAGAAUGAUUAACUUUAAGAUGUAUGAAACUAUGGAUUCUGGUGAAAGUUAAUGAUAUUAUUUUUUUGGGGGGUCAUAUUCAUUGGUAGAUUGUUUAUGGUUGUAGUUUUAUCACAUCUGACCUGUGAUAGUAAACAGGUGUCGUAAAUCAUUAUUUUAUGACAUGAACAAAAGGUGUCGAAAUAUACUUGUUUGUUUUAUUUGUUAAAUCUUAACUUUUACCUUUCAGAUUACAUCAUAAAAAUUAUAGUUUAAGCAUAUUUCAAAAUUUUUGUUCAUAUCGUUAAAUAAUGACUUACAAAAUCAACUCAUUUUGGUGUCACAGGUCACAUAUUUUAUUGGUAUUUAAUCUUCAUCGAAUUGGUCUGUAUAUGACCGUUUUUUUUUAAGUUUGAUAUGUUAUCAAGAGUAUAUACAAAUUUGCCCAUAUGAAUACUCAGGAUUUGUUUUUAAAUUUAAUCCGAUUGUUCAUAAGAUGAACUUCUAAAAUUUGUAAUUGAAAAUUGUUCGGUUAACUUCUCAUUUAUAAUUAGACUUGUAAUCUUAGUUUUAAUUUAUAUUUUACAUUUGUAGACGUCUCUCUACAUUCAUUUUUUUAACUCUGAAAACUUGUGAACAUCAAACAGACAGUUAUAAGGGACAGACUGCUCAGUGCAAUUUGUUAAUCUUGGUAGGAUUUUUUUUUUCAUUCUAUAUUCAGAAUUUCUUAAUUGCAAAUUUAGAAGUUACGACUCCAUUUUCUGAUUUCUUUUCUAAAUUGGUUUAAAAACUUACAAGGCAGGAUUCUAUUUGACCAAAAAUAUUAACUUAAGAUCUGUAAAACUUACUUUUAAAAACAGUUAUACAUUUUUACAAUUUUGUACAUUUAGUAUUUUUAUUUAAUGUUUUGUUAGUGAUAUGUUGAGGCUGAUAUACAAUGUUAAAGGAGCUAAAUCGCUAAUAUUUGGGACCUAGAAAUUGACACAAAUGGGUCGCAAUGCAUACAAUAAUGUAAUAUGAAUGUAUAUAAACUGAUUUACAUUCAAUCAUUUCUGUUUUUACUGUAAUUUCUAAUCAGUUAUUAUUUAUUAUAGUAUUUAUUGGGCAUGCUCUCCAGAUAAGAAUAUAGCGUCACCGUUUGACAUGACCUGUGGAAUAUGCCUAGGCUCGUUUUCAAUGUGGAAGAUUUUUGAUGAUACUGAGUUAGAGACUUAGCUACUUUAACCUUAGUACAACUGGGCCGGUAUUUUAGCUUACAUCUUAUCUUGUCACAUUUAUUUAAUGCCUAUGGGUUGUGUUGAACACUAAGGUUGAAACUGAAAUAUUAGCCAGAUGUCAAGAAAGCUGCUUCAAUUUCUAAAAUGAUCCAGUAGAAAAUGGUUGAUGGAAAUCUGUGCCUUAUUUUUUAUUGUAGUGUACCUGCUUACCAUUUCUCAAUGUAAAGACAGCUUUAAUCUUUUUCUUUAAGUUUUUACAACAUGGACCCAUACCUUAUAUUAACUUGUAAAAAAAUAAUGUAAUGCAACUAAAUAAAAAAGCAAAAAUAUUGACAUAAGAAUUAUUUCUCUUUUAGUACAUUUGAUUUUGUAUAUAAUGGUUGUUAUAUUACAGACCGGUCAUAAAAAAUAUUUAUACAUUAUUUCUAAAAAAAAAUAAAAUUUUACUUUU